UUGCAGAUGGCGGCUAAUGACAGUUUCAGUCUGGCGUAUCCGGGCAACCCCCAGCCCGGGGACCUGAUCGAGAUUUUCCGGCCGGCUUAUCAGCACUGGGCUCUGUAUCUGGGGGAUGGGUACAUCGUCAAUGUGGCACCUGUCGAGGAAGGUGCCGCGUCGUCGCUGGCGAGUGCCAAGUCUGUGUUCAGCAGGAAGGCCCUGGUGAAGAUGCAGCUCCUGAAGGAUGUGGUGGGGAGCGACACGUACAGAAUCAACAACAAGUACGACGACGUCUACGCGCCGCUGCCUGUGGAGGAGAUCAUCCGGCGCUCGGAGUUCCUCAUCGGCCAGGAGGUGUCCUACGACCUCCUCGGCAACAACUGCGAGCACUUUGUGACACUGCUGCGCUACGGGGAGGGGGUCUCUGAGCAGGCCAACAGAGCAAUCAGUGCCAUUGGGUUUGUAACAGCUGCGGCCGGUGCUGUCUCAUUGCUGGGCUUUUUCCAGAACAGAUCCAGGGAGCGGCAUUAUUAACCACGUACCAUGAUAAACUUACAGCAUGUGACGGUUGGAUUCCAGAUUGGAAUGGAACCAGCUCAGUCCAUGGAUAAAGCUACAAUAGACACUUGUUGCCAAGGACGUCACUGUUGCCAAGGUCACUAGCUGUAGUUUUUGUCAUAGCAACUUGUAUUCAGUUGCAGCUGAUGGUUUUCUUGCUAGCCUCAGUGGACUCCCUGGCAAAUUCUUCAUCCUCACUGGUGCUGUUUUGCUGGUGACUGGGCCCGUGAGCCCACAAAAGAGCUUUAUACACAAUUGUUGCUGACAGUGUUUUUAUAGACUUGGCUUGCUGGGGGUUUUCAGUGAAUAAUUUAUAUUUUUUUACCUGUUUGGAGAAAUGUUUUUAUGUGUUUUUAAAAAGAAUAUUCAUGAAACUUACAAAUAUUCCGAGGGGCCUUUUCCCCAUCCCACCACCGGUGGGUUUUACAAGUGGAAGAUCUCAACUGCUUAGAUUUGUGGUGUGUGCUGUGUGGUGUGGUACUGUGCACAAGGGCGUACGCUGCGCCUGCGAGGCCGGAACGCACAGCUGCUCUCCAGGUCACAGGAGAUGGGACGCAGGAGUAGGCCCCUUCUCUUGAAAGGGAGAGACGGGUCCCUUCUUAUUUUUAAAUGGGUGUUUUGUCUUGGAUGUGAUGCUCUUUUGCUUUAAGAAAUAGACCUUUUUCCCACCGGUGAAAUGAUUCCUGUGUGCUGUUCCUCUGGGCCGGUCUGGUUCAUUCUCAGACCACCACAGGGAGGCAGAACCAAGAACGCCACCGCAGCAUUUUCUGGCUACUCUGUGCUCCUGCCCAGCACCCACUGUUUUUUUGGACUGCCUGUGCUCAGACAGGCUGCUAUAGCUGGUAACUGCUAGCACUGAACCCUACCUCUCCUGGUUUCUUAGUGACCCCCGGGGCUUGGACCUGCCCUGAGCCAAGCUGGGGAAAAUAACUCUAAAUCCUGCAAAACCAGUCCUUGGUCUGGAGCUGUUCACCCCCCAGAGCCUCAGCCAGAAACUGAGCUUGAGCCCAUGUUUAAAUUCAGUUCUUGGUCGUUUCCGCCUGCUGGUUGGAGGGCAGCUCCAGCGUUCCUGAAGUGGUGUGGGGAAUGUGCCAAAGAAAGCAAGUUGCGUGUAUUGCAGAUUCUGUUCGCAUCCGUUCACCUUCCAGUCCCAUGUGGGUGACACCUGGGUUUUGUAAUGACUCUGGUUUUAUGCUUGAGUGAGUUAGCAGUGUUCUCACUGGCUCGCAGCUAGUAACUGGCCCACAGGUUUGGACGUGUUCUUUGAAGCCUGAAAACAAGAUACUACGGUGCUGGCUGUCACGCUGUGCCACUCACUGACUGCAAUCGUGCGCAGGCCAACCCACGGUCUGGCUCAGGGUAUUUACUGCAGAGUUUUGUCUGCUGUUGAACACGUCCCUACUUGAAUCAGAGCUUUUUUAUUGUCAGUUGUUUCCGUGUUUGUGGGACUGAGUCUGACGUUCAGUUGUAUAUUAUAGUGCACUGUUGUCUAGUGUUUCCCUUUCUUCUUAAGCUAAAUUGGAUAUUAAUUACAGCAAAAAACAAACAAACACCUUCUUCCUAUUAUAAUAAAUCUGAAAAUAAA